AUGGCGGACAUGACCUGCUCGGCCAUGCUCGGCGCGGGAGCCGGGAAUCUAUCGACAACGACGGUGAGUUUCAUCUGCGAGUCGUUCCAGAACAUCACCGGCAGCCUCGAGACGGUGACGAACCAGAUCACGGACGCCACCUCCGCCAUCGACAGCACGUAUCUCCUCUUCUCCGCGUACCUCGUCUUCGCCAUGCAGCUGGGAUUCGCGAUGCUCUGUGCGGGAUCGGUGAGGGCCAAGAACACCAUGAACAUCAUGCUCACCAACGUGCUCGACGCCGCCGCGGGGGGGAUCUCCUACUACCUCUUCGGCUUCGCCUUCGCCUUCGGCGCCCCCUCGAACGGCUUCAUCGGCCGCCAUUUCUUCGGCCUGAAGGACGUCCCCGCCACAGGCUUCGACUACCCCUUCUUCCUCUACCAGUGGGCCUUCGCCAUAGCAGCGGCCGGGAUCACCUCCGGAUCGAUCGCCGAGCGGACUCAGUUCGUCGCCUACCUCAUAUAUUCCUCUUUCCUCACCGGCUUCGUCUACCCGGUCGUCUCCCACUGGUUCUGGUCGGCCGACGGCUGGGCCAGCGCCAGCCGCCCCGAAAACCUUCUCUUCGGGAGUGGAGCUAUCGACUUCGCAGGAUCGGGGGUCGUCCACAUGGUCGGCGGCAUCGCCGGCCUGUGGGGCGCCCUGAUCGAGGGGCCUCGGAUCGGGCGAUUCGACCACACCGGUCGCUCCGUCGCCCUGCGUGGCCACAGCGCCUCCCUGGUGGUGCUCGGCACGUUCCUCCUCUGGUUCGGAUGGUACGGCUUCAACCCGGGGUCCUUCCUCGUCAUCCUCAAGAACUACGGCGACCCCGGGUCCCCGAACGGGCAGUGGUCCGCAGUGGGGCGCACCGCCGUCACCACCACCCUCGCUGGCUGCGCCGCGGGGCUCACUACCCUCUUCGGGAAGCGCCUACUCUCGGGGCACUGGAACGUGACCGACGUCUGCAACGGGCUCCUCGGCGGCCUAGCGGCGAUCACCGCCGGAUGCUCCGUGGUCGAGCCCUGGGCCGCCAUCGUCUGCGGCGUGGUGGCUGCCUGCGUCCUCAUCGGUUGCAACAAACUGGCGGAGAAGUACAAGUACGACGACCCCCUGGAGGCGGCGCAGCUCCACGGCGGGUGUGGCACCUGGGGGCUCAUCUUCACCGGCCUGUUCGCCAAGAAGAGGUACGUCAACGAGGUCUACCCGGGCCAUCCCGGUCGGCCCUACGGGCUGUUCAUGGGCGGCGGCGGGAAACUUCUGGCCGCCCAGAUCAUCCAGGUCAUCGUCAUCGCCGGGUGGGUCUCCUUCACCAUGGGGUGCCUCUUCCUCCUCCUCCGCAAAUUCCACCUGCUCCGGAUAUCGUCGGAGGACGAGAUGGCCGGCAUGGACCUGACCCGCCACGGCGGGUUCGCCUACGUCUACCACGACGAGGAUUCCCCCAGCCACGGCGGCGGGUUCAUGAUGAAGUCCACUCCCAGCCGGGUGGAGCCCUCCGCCUCCACAGGCCACACCCCCCAGGCCUAG